AUGCCUGCAGGUUUCCUACUCUGUCUCCCGCUCUCUGCCCCUCGAUUCCUAGAAUCAAGGGGCAGAGUGUGUCUCUUAGCGUGUGUCUCUCCCGGGCCCCCGGACCAACCUCUCCACACUCUGUCCACAGGUUUGCCGGGCACUGCUCUGGACCUGGAAAAGAGAAAGCAGAUUUUUGGGCAAAACUUUAUACCUCCAAAGAAGCCAAAAACCUUCCUGCAGCUGGUGUGGGAGGCACUGCAGGAUGUCACGCUCAUCAUCUUGGAGAUCGCUGCCAUCAUCUCCCUCGGGCUGUCCUUCUAUCACCCACCCGGCGAGAGCAACGAAGGAUGCGCGACAGCCCAAGGUGGGGCAGAGGAUGAAGGAGAGGCAGAGGCAGGUUGGAUCGAGGGGGCCGCCAUCCUCCUCUCGGUCAUCUGUGUGGUCCUGGUCACGGCCUUCAAUGAUUGGAGCAAAGAGAAACAGUUCCGGGGCCUGCAGAGUCGUAUUGAGCAGGAGCAGAAGUUCACUGUGGUCCGGGCUGGCCAGGUGGUCCAGAUCCCUGUGGCUGAGAUCGUGGUCGGGGACAUCGCCCAGGUCAAAUAUGGUGACCUCCUUCCUGCCGACGGCCUCUUCAUCCAGGGCAAUGACCUCAAGAUCGAUGAAAGCUCCCUGACUGGGGAAUCUGACCAGGUGCGCAAGUCUGUGGACAAGGACCCCAUGCUGCUGUCAGCAAACGUUGAGCCUGCUCUGCCCUCGGCACUGCUCUGGGCCCUGGGGACACUGCGGUGA